AUGAUAAAAAGAAGUGAUUUCAAUGUAAUAAAUAAAAAACUAAACGAUAAAGAUGAUGUAACAUAUUUAAAAACCCAAUAUCCAGAUAUACCAUAUUCAACUUUAAUAGCAAUAUUUUCCCAAAAAAGAAUAAAAAUAUAUAGACAAAACUGCUAUAAGAAAACACCCAAUAUCAGACAAUAUUAUUAUUCGUAUUUAAAUAAUGGUGUUUCGUUUUUAGAGCUAUCAAGCCAUCUAGGACUAUCAUCAAGUAUAUUUUCAAAACAAAUCCUAACAUACAUUAUAGAACAUGACCAAAACUCACUAUUUAAUCCAGAAAACUUGGCCACUAAAGAAACUACUGAAAUGUGGAAACUUUUAAAAGAAAUAAACGAUCCACAAAACAUUAUAAAAAAGAUAUUCAAAAAUCCAAGUUUAGUCGAAAAUUUAAAUUUAAGAAAAAAUAUAUAUCAAUCAAUUUAUAAUGAUGAUAAUUGCUCGCCCCUAAUCAAUCAUAUAAGAUCAUCAACUGGUUCGGAAUAUGAAUAUUUAUUACAAGAGAAACUAUAUAAAUUGAAUAUACCAUAUUUGACAGAGAAUCAACUAAGAAAAGAUGGUUAUCCAAAAACCCCAGAUAUUAAACUAGAAAUACCAUUCGCAUACAAAGGUUUUAUGGUAAAUUGGAUUGAAAGUAAAGCAUCAUUCUGUGACGAUAACAACUACAAAAAUACUAAAGAUCAAAUUAUUGGUUACAAAAAUCGUUAUGGUCCUGGUUUAGCAAUUUAUUGGUUUGGUUAUAUAGAUGAUCUAAAUAAUCUACAAGAUGAAGGUGUAUAUAUAACAGAUAGUUUUCCUGAUAUCAAAGAUAUAGAAGUAUUACAUUGUUUAGAUAAAAAUAUCGACAAUAAUUCAAUCCAAUGCAACAAUAUUAAUCAAUUAAUAUAA